AUGCAGAGGGGUUCGGCGUCUCAGAGGUCUGCAUAUCUCGCCGCUCUCUCUCAUGAGAUCGAGAAGAAACUCCAACGGGUGAGUCUUACAGUUCGGGAGGGGGGGGCUUAGGAUCCUUCCUGAUCUCCCUCCAGCCAACCGGCAUCUGUAUUGCAACAAUCGUUGGAAACUCUCUCUCUCUCUUGCUUUGCCCUUCGAAAUCAACUAGUUGGCUAUCCAGAUAUGUCAUUUUCUCAUUUUUGGACAAUGGUCUCAUCAAUAUCAUCAUGGUGUCUGCUGAUCGGAACUGGAUUAUGGACAUCGAUGAAUGACGUUUCGCCAAUUUCUCAUUUUCUCCUGGACGGAGAUCUCUUGUGCCCAAUCACAUCAGAAAGGCCCCAUGGGAUACACACUACACACACACACACAGCUUCCUCUCCCAUCUCUCUCCAACUCUUUUUUCUUUAUCUCAUCGAUCUUAUUUGCUUCUUCCUGUGGGAAUAUAUUGACAUUUUUCAUGGCAAGAUGGAAUCCCCCACACGCCUCGGCUAAUUGGGUGGUCACCAAGUUAAGAAAAGUCAACGUGGGUAAGCAGAAAAAUAUACUGAUUCGGCUAACUGAGUUCAAUUUUGUUGACCUUUGCUCAAUACUGUAUGCACCCCUCACACGAAAAUUAUGCUCAAGCUAUAUAUUGAACCAGUGGCUGACUUUUUAAGCGUGGAAUAUUAUGUUACAACCUGCAUAACCAUGUUGAUUAUGCGAUAUCUAUACGGUCCAUAUUUUUAAUUAAGCCUUUGUAAGUAUGAUUGCGGCAGCCUACUCAGGUUUAUAUCAUCCUGUAGAGUUCUUAUAGGGAUUAGAAUUAGCUGAAUCCUCAUCCGUUGGACAGAAUUUUGGUAGAUGCCGCUUAUCCAAACCUAUAAUAGAAGUAUAACUGUGCUUUGACCCUCAGAGAUACAGGGCCGCAUCUAACAGCCUGUUCUUCUCGUUCUGUCUCAUAACCCUUUUUUCGGUGAUUAUCAAGGCUUGUGAUUCCACCCGUGCAAUCACUCGGUCUCAAUGAAUGGAACUGAGCUGUUGUGGGUGAUCUGCCCCUUUCACAGGCUUUGACUUCUCCAUCACAGAGAUUGGGUGUACUGCAGGAGCUAUUUGCAGAUGUAGCCUUGGAAAUUGAUGCCCGUGCAAGAGGUAAAAUUCUUUCGCCUUACCUUUCUUGGUCUCCUGAUGCAUUCAUAUUUGUGUUUAUCAUCGAUGAACAGAUGGACAAUGGAGAGAAAAUUAAAAAGCAUUUAGACCCAUUUAUUUCCCUGCCUCGUUAAAUUCCUUCUGGUAGUUGUUCUUAAUCGGAGAAUCAUAGCUAAAAAUGUGGAUUUGUGGGCUUGGCACAAGAGUAAAACGUUGACAAGUUUCUCUAGUCAACUCAUCAGAAAACAUAAAGCUUUGUUUUGAAUCAUUUUAGAAGGGGGUUUAGCAUCUCAGACUGUGUGGUCGCAUAUCAUCUGAACUCAGACUCACCGGUUUCAACGUUCCAAUUUUCAGAGAUGAUUCUCAGCAGCAACGGAGCGGCUUCUGCUGAUCAAGAUAGUCAAAUUGGCCUAUGUUUCUAUGAUGUUCUUGCAGACCAUUAUGUCAGAGUGCCCACAAACGGGAAGAGGAUUCUUGAUUUGAUCGUUCAGCUCUGGAGCCAGUCGUUUGCCUCUCACAUAUUUGCUCUUCUUUUUCACAGAUGGGUACGCUUCAAACCAGUUGGGGGAUUGUAUUGUGUUGGGAAUAGGGGGAAAAAACCUGUGAUUAUGAGGAUUUUGAGCUGUGUUAAUUUUUCUUAAAAAAAAAAAAAAAAAAAAAAGGAAAAAACUGACGGGUCGAUUUUUUUUUUUUUAUGCAAUGUUUCCCCUUUUUUUUUGUUGGGUCCUAGUUUUUUUACUUAUUUGGCCUUUUGAAGACUGAGUUAGAUAGAUUUGAUACUUUGCAGUUAUUUGAGGUCCCGCUUGAUAAUUCAGAAUCCCUUCUGCGUUUUGCAUCAGCUCUUGUUCAGGGCGCCACCAACGUCUUCUGGUAUGAAAAUGUCUCAAACAUUUUGCCAUUUUUUCAUGCUUUAUGUCGAGCUUUUGGGUUCAAAGAUUCUAUUUUUAAUUCAUUACUUCAGUAUAAUUUCUUCAUAUUUUUCAUGCUAUAUAUAGCUCAGCAAGGUUAUAAGGAUCAGAUUAUGAACUCCUCAGAGAUUUCUUCAAAUAGGAUCUCAGGUUUAAGAGUAUGAUAACCUCUAGGGUUCACAUUCAAUAUCAUCAAGAAUGGGGGGCCAAAGCUCCCGGAAAAAAAAGGAAAAAAAAAAAAACACAUUUGUCCAAAAAAAAAAGGUUCCCCCUUUGUGGGAGGAGUUGGAUAAUUAAUUACACUUAAAAAAAAAAACCAUAGUUUUUCUUGUAGAAUAAAAUCUGGGUUCCAAUGCAUAGUUCUUCUAUCUGGUUUCCUUCUCUUAUGGUGUGAUGAUUACCUCGUUCCACACAUUGAACCAAUAAGGAAGCUCUGCUGCUUGUGAUCGGCAGGAUCGACAUUCAGUCAAACACCAGGCGGUUCUUCUCUCUGUUCCGUGUACGUUUUCCAGCUUCCUCACCCAUCGCAUACUUUCUUGAUUUUCUCUUCAGCUUACCCAUGUGGGAAGUGUUCCAGCUCUGAUUGAUCGUCUCUUUCGUGAAUCAAAGCAGUACCUUCUUGAGGACGUCGCUCUUGCUCCUAGCCGUGUAGAUAGUAUCUCCUCCCAGGUGACGAAUGUUUACCCAUAAAAUGGUUGGGAGAAAAAAAAAUAUAAAUAAAAAUAAUUCAAAAUGAUCCUGGGAAAAUUGCGUUGACCCAUCCAGGCUCGACGGGACCUCUUCCUCCUCCUCUCGAGAUUUAUAUUCUUCUACGAUCUUGGUAAGUCUCGCGAUUAUUAUGUUGUUAAUAUCAAUAAAGGCUUCUCCAUUCGUAAUCUUACGUGUCUUGGUGCAGCUGGGAAGAUGGAGAGCUUCUUGGAGCGCUUCCCCGACUUUCCAAACGUCUUUCUAGUUGGGGGCCCGGCAGAUAUAUUUGUCAUAGAAUUGACCGACCAGGUAUCAAUCUUAUGCUGGAGGGUCAACGCGUAUUGCAGUGACUGUAAAUGGGUCAACGCCCAGUUGGGGGGUCCGGCAGAUGUUUUUGAUAUGCUUCACCAUUUUUUCCACCCCCCUUCUCUCUCAAAUUCUCAGCUUCAGAAACUGAAAGUGGAGCCAGUUCUCCUGCACUACCUGUCACAUAUCAGAUCCCUUCAAGGUCAGCGCUUUUCUGCCAUAAUGGAUAUAUGAUUCAUCCCACUCUGACCUCCACUAUCUUACUAAAUUCGGCGUCCUCCAACCGCCAUGGCAGGGCUGGAGCUGAGGAUGACCACCAGCACCAGACUGAAGGCAUGCUUAUACAGCUUCACCUCACCUGGCGGCCCGAUGUAUCCCACAAGAGCAGUUCGCCACGCAGCUUGGGAUGCAUUGAACUUGCUCUUUCCUGUGAGUGGAUUCCAGUUACUUAAUCUCUGACCACUUCUGGCUUCCUCUGUCUCAUGUGGGCUUCUUGAGAUUGAUAGAAAAACAGAAUUUCCUUCCAUAAAUAAAUACAUGAAAUGAGACAGUCACAGUAUUUUCUUUUUCUGGGUCUCUCCCCCAAUUCUGUAGGUUGGAAGAUACCCAAGACAUGUCAUAAGCCUGUUCUUCCGGCUGCUCUAUCCAUGGUACUGGCCAUUCUCCUGCUGGAACUUCGUCAUAUCGUUGGUCAAGGCUAUCUUCUACUCCAUACUAAGGCUGGUGCUUUCGAGCUGGGAGAACCUGAGGAGGAGACCCAGAAACCUCUGA